AAACGGGAGUGGAACAAGAGCACGGCGCAGCGCUUGACUGACAAUGGGGCAGGGGCAGACAAUGCCGAGGCUGUUUCUGCUCCCAAACCCCAGCAUGCUCCGGCAAGGACAGCUCCUUGCCAGCAGCCCGCAAACAAAGGGACCACGUCGGCACCGCUGACCGUGGAGAACGAGCCGCCGCAGAACAGGGAUUCAUCUCACUCGCAACUGGACAGCACAGCCUCCUUACAGGAGAAAGCCCUGCCGCAGCCCACGUCGCCGCUGAGCAGUGCCGCAGGACAGUUGAGUGGGAAGCAGGUUCUGUCUGCAACGUCGGAUGAGCGGGUAAAAGACGAGUUCAGUGACCUUUCUGAGGGGGACUUCUUGAGCGAUGACGAAAAUGAGAAGAGAAACGUGCAAUCUUCAGAUGACUCCUUUGAGCCUUACCCCGAAAAGAAGGUUUCUGGCAAGAAAAGCGACAGCAAAGAAGCAAAGAAGGCGGAAGAGCCCAAAAUAAGGAAGAAGCCGGGGCCUAAGCCAGGCUGGAAAAAAAAAAUCAAAUGUGAAAGGCUGACGGCGGGGCGGGAGGACCGCGCUUCCAUUUACAAGUGUCCUUACCAGGGAUGCACGGCUGUCUACAGAGGGGCGGACGGCAUGAAGAAACACAUCAAAGAGCAUCACGAAGAGGUUCGGGAGAGGCCCUGUCCCCAUCCUGGCUGCAACAAGGUGUUCAUGAUUGACCGGUACCUACAGCGUCACGUGAAGCUCAUUCAUACAGAGGUACGUAAUUAUAUCUGCGAUGAAUGCGGGCAGACCUUUAAGCAACGCAAACACCUCUCGGUCCACCAGAUGCGGCACUCGGGAGCAAAGCCCCUCCAGUGCGAAAUCUGCGGUUUCCAGUGCAGACAGCGAGCGUCGCUCAAGUACCACAUGACCAAACACAAAGCUGAGACAGAGCUGGAGUUCGCCUGCGACCAGUGUGGGAAGCGCUUCGAGAAGGCCCAUAACCUUAAUGUCCACAUGUCCAUGGUGCACCCUCUGACCCAGACUCAGGACAAAGCCAAGCCACUGGAGCCGGAGCCCAUUCUCCUAAAUACUUCAGGGACUUCAGAAAGCCAGGCGGUAAAACCAGAAGUGACUGCACAGCAGGAGCCCACCUGAGGGGGACAGGGACGCUUUCCCAGUCCAGCCCUGUAGAAACCGUACGGCGGAGUGGAGAUUUUUUUUUUUAAUCUACAUUUUAGUCUCCCAAAGAACUCAGUGGAAUUAGCUUCAGCUUGCUCAGAAAAAGCUUGUUAUGCUGUGAUUCUCCAUGCUCACGUCUGAUUCAGCAGUGUUGUACUAAGAGUCUGUCUAAUCCCAGGGGAAUGGAUGUUCGGCAGCACCCCUUCGUGGUCCCCCUUCUCCCCACGCACACAGUUGUAGAAACAGAGCUGGCCACAACUGUUCCCUGCCUGCACAAGCUGCUGCCUGUACAGAAGUGCCCUCAGGUGGCUGUAAGGGUACAUAGGACAGCGAAGCAACUUUAAGCAGACAUUUUGGUUUGGAAAAAAAAAAAAGUUAAAAUUCCCAAAGCAAGUCUAAACUGAAAUUUGUAACCUACUUUUUAUUGUAACAAGAGCUUCAUGGUUAUGCUUGUAAUAAAUUAUUUACA